CUCCCUGUGUGCGACCCUCUCAGCAUUCAAGACCAGAGUGUGAGGGGAUCCAACUAUUGUAAGUUUCUCUGUGUGUUGUCUACAGAGAGGGAGAGAGAGAGAGAGACAGACAGAGAAAGAGAGAGCAGUGGCAGCAGCAGCAGGCUUCUCUUCAACUCAAGUUUUUUGCUCCAGUUUGAAUUCAGAGGUGUACUUUAAACUUUUCAAUCCACAGCUGCCUUUCAGCUCAGCAGAGAUCAUCUUACUACUUUGACUCUUGUCUUGUGCUUCCCCCGUUGCUGCCUGAUUUGCUUUUCCCGUGGAACUAAACAGGAUCAGAAGAGGUUGCCGAGCUUUCAUCGAGUGGUGGAGCGGUCAGAGGCAGCCAGAGUCAUCAUGGCUAUGUCCCAGGAGCGGAGUGUGUGUCUGGGGCUUUGGGUGCUCCUUUUGCUCGGUGCAGGCAUGGAGGAAGUUGUGGAGGGAUGUAGCUGCCACCCAGCACACCCACAACAGCUAUUCUGCAGCGCUGAGAUUGUGAUAAGGGCAAAGAUCUCUGGAGAGAAAAUAGUGUCGCCUAGCAACAGCUCCUCACCUUACAUGAAGAUGAUCCAAUAUGAAAUCAAAAUGAUCAAGAUGUUUAAAGGUUUUGACAAGGCCAAGGACAUCCAGUAUGUGUACACUCCAGUCUUCUCCUCACUGUGUGGAGUCAAACUAGACUCCAACAAUAAAGCAGGGUAUUUGCUCUCAGGAAGUAUGUGGAGUGAUGGGAGAAUUUCUAUUGGCCAAUGCGACCUAGUUGAAUCCUGGGACAACUUGUCACUGUCACAGAAGAAGAAUCUCAACUACAAAUACCAGAUGGGCUGUGAAUGCAGAAUCAACACCUGUUACACAGUCCCAUGUGCGUCUACAGGAGAAAACGAGUGCUUGUGGACUGACUGGCUGCUGGAUAACAGCCUAAAUGGGGAGCAGGCUCGGCAGUACGCCUGUAUCCGCCGCUCUGACACAACCUGUAGCUGGUACCGGGGUGGACCCCCACCUGAGAAAGACUUCCUGGACAUGGCUGACCCUUGACCUGUAAUUCUGACAUUCAUUUUUACUACAUUUCACUACUGCAAAGUCCUGAGAAACAUUUCCUGCUUUCGCUUAUGUAGCUCAAAUUUGGUAUGCAAGUAGCAACUGAUUUAAUCGAACAAUUGGCUGAUAUUCAAGGGAGUCCCAUUGCUGAGCUUCUGUUUGCAGAGUUCAGGUGGUUGCUAAAGCAAUGCUACGAAUAUCUUUGCAAACAGCAGGGGUUGUCAUCCUUCCUCUGACUCCGAUUUUUCUCGCUCUUACACAUUCCACUUCACUUGCUGUUUUCCACAGAAUAGGAAUAGCAGCACACCAGCCACUGCAAAUUAUUCAUCCCAGAGUGAAUCUUGUCUUUAUUUCUGAUGGCCUUUUUGAAAUGCAUAACCUUGACAAAUACUGAAGACCUCAUAUUUUUGUUAAUGCAUAACUUACAAAAGGUCAUGUCAUUUUAGAAAAAGCUGCCAACGUCUGCCACAAUCCUGCAUUGCAAAGUUUAUUUUACACACUGUAAACAAUUAUUCUAUGCACUAAAUUUUUGCAGGUAGACCGCAGCACUGCCACAUUUUCCCCACACAUUAUGGUGGUGUUGAAUUCUUACCUUUGAAUAUUAUAACUGAAUAACUGUCCCAUGCAAAUUAGAAUGCACUGUAUAUAUAUAUAUAU